AUGCGCUGGCAGGUGACAGUGCUGGAGCGCGAGCGGUGGCGGUCGGUGAUGAACGGGCAGGAGGUGGCACGCGUGGCACACGCUCUCUUCCCCGAGAUGCCGCUGCUCAUCGCUCGGGUCGGCAAGGCCUCUGCCUUCCACCACGCGCUGCUGCUCAAGAACACGCUAGUACUGAUUUCCCUGCACGGCACGCCUCUCACCACGGCACUGUUCAUGCCGCGCGGGUCAGUGGUGGUGGAGCUGUUCCCCUACAAGUUCCUCAGCACGCUCUACAAGAAGAUUGCCAUGCGCUCCGGCGUGCACUACCUCGCCUGGCGCAACAUACACGACAUCAGCGCCUUCUUUCGCAACUCCUGCAUGAAGGACGGGGGGUUCACGCACCUGCCCGAGGAGCAGUGUUGGAACAUUCACGAGUGUGUGGCGUCGACAAUGAUUCGGCUAAUAAAGGAGAUGCUGCCUCGCGACGUGCGAGUCUCCAAGGACACUCAGGACCUCCUCAUGGACUGCUGCCUCGAGUUCAUCAAUCUGAUAUCAUCGGAGGCGAAUGAGAUGUGCAGCAAGGAGGACAAGCGCACCAUCGCCCCCGAGCACGUGCUGCAGGCGCUCGAAUCGCUGGGCUUCAGCAGCUAUCUGGCGGAGGUGCAGGCAGCAUACGACCAACACAAGUCCGAAACACUG